GCAGCAGCGGAGCUCCGGUCUGGACGCGGGCCAAGCCUGUCUGGUGUCAAACCAGCCUGAACAGAUACUCUCAGACAUCUCAUUUCUUCACCUCAUUCCUGAGACGGGACUCUGCCCACCCCUUGUGUAAAGCAAUUUAAACCUGAUAGCACAUCAUCUCCACUGAAAAUAUUUGCUGGACUAUUAGACAGCCGCGCUUUGACUUUUUUCCCUCAGAAGCCUUUGCCACCGGAGCCGGGCAUGGCUUUUACGCGCAGACCUCCUCCGACUGUCCUGUGAUGAUAUAGUUUUAAUCCAAGCUUGAUUUGGAGAUUAAACAAGUUCUCUAAUGUUCUCUAUUUUUCUUUUGUCCGUGGAAAUGCUCCGUCCAGAUCCAUAAAGGACCGAAGUUUGGUUAAUAUGAACUUAUUGCCAAGUGGAAUAUGUUUUUAUUUUUCUGUGGCAAUCUGCUGGCUGAUGGCCGAGGUCGAUGCGUCCUGGUGGUACAUGGGCUCCCUGGGCUCCCAGGUGAUGUGCGACAACAUCCCUGGUCUGGUGAACAAACAGCGCCAGCUGUGCCGCCAGCACCCCAAAGUGAUGCAGGCCAUCGGGGCCGGGAUGAAGGACUGGAUCUCAGAGUGCCAGCACCAGUUCCGCAACCACCGCUGGAACUGCAACACCACGGCCAGAGACCACAACCUGUUCGGACGCCUGUUGCUACGCAGCAGUCGCGAGGUCGCCUUCAUGUACGCCAUCUCCUCGGCCGGUGUGGUUUACACGUUGGCUCGAGCCUGCAGCCAAGGCGACCUGGACUCCUGCUCCUGCGAUCCCACAAAGAAAGGCUCGUCAAGGGACGCCAAGGGCUCUUUUAACUGGGGCGGCUGCAGCGACCACGUGGAGCACGCCAUGCGCUUCAGCCAGGGCUUUGUGGACGCCAAGGAGAGGAAGGAGAGGGACGCCCGGGCGCUCAUGAACUUACACAACAACAGAGCCGGCAGGAAGGCGGUGAAGCGUUUCAUGACUCUGGAGUGUAAAUGUCACGGCGUCAGCGGGUCGUGCAGCGUCCGGACCUGCUGGCUUGCCAUGUCCGACUUCAGACGCACUGGCGACCACCUUCGCAAGAGGUAUAACGGCGCUGUCCAGGUGGUCGUCAACCAGUAUGGCACUGGGUUCACCGCAGCACACACGCACUUCAAACGACCCAGCAAGAACGACCUGGUGUACUUUGAAGACUCACCGGACUACUGCAUACGGGACCACGAGUCAGGUAGACACUCUCCGACCUUCACAGAACCACAGGAUCUGAUUAAACAGUCGCUGGGUGGACUGAAUGAAUCAGAUUAA